GGAAUAAUGGCUGCACAGGAGCCGUCUCCACCAUCUUCCCUGGAAGGCAACAAGCCGGGCUUCCCAAAGAAAAUUUUGGCCAACAACCUCGAAGACAAGCAUUUGUGCAACUCGUGUCAGAAAGUCCUGAGAAGGCCCCUGCAAGCCCAGUGCGGUCACCGCUUUUGUUCGUUCUGUUUCAACAAAAUUGUGAGUUCUGGACCACAGAAAUGCAGUGCAUGCAUCAAGGAAGACUUGUUUGAGGAACCCACCUCCAUUCUCAAGCAAGGUGGUGCUUUCCCCGAUAAUGCAGCCCGCAGAGAAGUUGAGGCCUUGGCAGCUGUGUGUCCUAAUGAAGGGUGCACAUGGACCGGAACUAUCAAAGAAUUUGAGACCAGCCACGAGGGCAACUGUGACUUCAUGAUCAUCCUGUGUCCCUCCUGUAAAGAGCUGAUGAGAGCCAAUGAACAGGAGCGCCACAAUGAGAGAGAGUGUCCAGAGAGGACGCUGAACUGCAAAUACUGCAAAGAGCCGUUCCUGUUAAAGAACAUCAAGGCUCAUGAUGAAAUCUGUCCAAAGUACCCAAUGAUUUGUGAAGGUUGUGCAAAGAAAAAGAUCCCCAGAGAAAAGUAUGUGGACCAUAUUAAGUUCUGCAGUAAAUUUAAAGCACCAUGCAGAUUUCAUGUUGUUGGCUGCGAUACGUCUGUGGAGAAAGAGAAGAUCCAUGACCAUGAGCGGCAGUGUUCAUAUGAACACCUCAACCUGCUUCUGCAUUUUAUCAUGGGCAUCAAGGUGAGUCUAGAGAGCCUGCAGCCCCAAAGCCUGGAGGUGGCCAGCCAGAAGCUGCAGGAGCUCCACCAGUCCCUCAGGGACCUGGAGCUGAAGAUGAGCCAGCUGGGUGGAGGUGGUGCAGCUCCCGUGCAGGGUGCAUGUGCCCCGACCCUGACCACCUCCUUUACCCCGCUGCCCAGCGCUAUAGGCGCCGCCCUGGAGUUGCAGCUUCAGAGUGAAAAGACGAAAGUGGCUGAGCUCAGCCGGCGCUGCCAGGAGCUGGAGCUCAAAGUGAACACGUUUGAAAACAUUGUCUGCGUCCUCAACCGAGAGAUGGAGCGUUCCUGCACCACCAUGGAGGCCUACAACCGCCAACACCGAUUAGACCAGGACAAGAUUGAAAUCCUCAACAACAAGGUUCGUCAACUGGAGAGGACGGUAAGUCUGAGGGACCUGUCCAUCGUGGAGAUGGAGGGUAAAAUGAGGGAGAUGUCUGCAGCCACAUAUGAUGGCAUCUUUGUCUGGAAGAUCUCUGAUUUCACCAAGAAGAGGCAGGACGCUGUGGCUGGCCGUGCCCCUGCUAUGUUCUCUCCUGCCUUUUAUACCAGUAAAUACGGCUACAAGAUGUGCUUGCGGAUCUACCUGAAUGGUGAUGGGACGGGCCGCGGCACCCACUUGUCUCUGUUCUUUGUGGUGAUGAGAGGACACAGUGACGCACUCCUCAAAUGGCCUUUUAAUCAGAAGGUCACCCUCAUGCUGCUCGACCAGAACAACAGGGAGCACAUAAUUGAUGCCUUCCGGCCCGACAUCUCAUCCUCGUCCUUCCAGAGGCCCGUCAGUGAUAUGAACAUCGCCAGCGGCUGCCCACUCUUCUGUCCGCUGUCCAAGCUGGACUCCAAAAACUCCUACAUACGUGACGACACCAUCUUCAUUAAGGCCAUUGUAGACCUCACAGGGCUUUAGGCAAAAGUUGAGGGCAUAAAUCCAACCCUGCCUUUUGUUGCUACUAACCUGUUUGAAUUACCAGGCUUUUGUAUCACCAUUAACUGGCAUUUCUCUUUAGGGUCUGUGUAGUUGUUUUGGUUUUGUUAUAAAUAUAUUUGGCGGCAAUAUGCAAGACCAGAGCAAGUUCUUUUGGGCCCACUGGCCGCAGGGGCUGGUGGUUUUAAAAGCCUCUUUAGCCAUUGUUACUAUUUUACAAAUCUCGAGUUUUUAUUUAACAGAACAGUGAUUACUUACCAAAGUUACUGAAGGCCUGUACAUAACAUAGAUACCAGUACUGGCCAAUGACGUGUUAUUUUCCCGUUCUCCAGAAGGCCCUUGAAAUGCAUUUGAACUAACAAAAGCAUUCCUAUGUAGAACAUUACGCUUGUGAAAAACCUUGACAACUAUGACACUGUCUCUAAUCUGCAGUGAUAAUGCUCUGGCUUCUUGUACUAUAGAUGAGGCUCAUCAUGUUCAGUUUUAUGUAGAAAUAUGACCUGAUUCUUUUCCGUACAGCAAUUAAAUAAGAUCCUCCUGUAACAAAACCUACUGAUUGUUUGCUAGUUGUAGUAAGGGCUGAACGACAGGGAAAACGUUUAAUUGCAAUUUUCUGACAAAUUGCAUCCUUUCCAAAUGCAUUGUUUCAACUUGCAAUAUUUCAAUUGAAAUGGAUUAACUGUUCAGCCCUAGCUAUGAGCAAAAAUAUUUGCGAUUAACUGGCCAGUAGCAUAGCUCGCAUAAGUACCUUAACUUGAGUCUCUGAAAAUAUUUAAAGCUCCUUUUUUUUGUUUGUUUGUUUUUGUUCACUGGCCCUGAAAGGUUACUUACAUACCCAAUAGAUGCUAAAUAGAAUUAGCAUUCACUGGAAGGCAUGUCUGUGGCAACCUGGUAAAUCUAAGUCCACU